CCAUUUUAUUUGACCUUAACUUCAGUUUUCAUUCAUUUGUGCAUUGAAUCCAAAAAUCGAUAUGUCGCGAACUCUACUAUCACUGCAAUCGUUGUCCUCAAUGGCGAUGAGGAGUGCAUCGACGGCCGCGUCACCGAUGGUUCGGACGCCUAUUCCCCUCUUCGGCAUCGAUGGCCGCUAUAUAUCGGCCCUCUAUUCGGCCGCUUCCAAGCAGAAGAAGUUGGAGACCGUUGACAACGAGCUCAAGACACUGCUUAAAGUGACGCAACAGGACUCGCGAUUCAAAGACCUGCUCUUCAAUCCGUUGAUUAAGGCGUUCGAGAAGAAGGAUAUCAUCAAUCGGUGUCUGCCGUCACUGAAGUUGACUGAAUUGACGCUCAAUUUGAUUGGCGUGUUGUCAGAGAACGGACGCAUCAAACUGUUCCCAACGGUGGCCAAAGGGUUCAAUCGAGUGAUGUCUAUAUCUCGUGGCGAACUCGAGUGUACGGUCACCACCGCUAAGCCUAUCGACGAUAAUACGCGCAAAGAGAUCGAGCAGUCGUUGAAUGGUUUCGUCAAAGGCCAAAAAUUAUCGAUGACUCUCGUAGUGGAUCCCAAGAUAAUGGGAGGAAUUCAGGUGGACUUCGGCGGUGAACACUAUAUUGAUAUGUCUAUGAGAAGUAAAUUCAAUCUAUACUCAAAUCUCAUUAAACAAGCCGUUUAGCCGUUAGACCAUUGUUUUGCUUAUAAUUAUGAAAUUAGAGUUCAAAAAGUCAACUAAAUUUGCUUUUGAUUUAGUAAUUAAUUAGUUUUUAAAUAUUGUUUAAAUUUAAUUGCAAGUCAAUUGAAAUAAAAAAUUUAAUUUAAUGAGAAAUCA